UCAGCUAAUCUGGUUGUAACGCAGCUCUCUGUCGCAGAUGAGAUCGGAUCGACGGCUGACUGAUUGCUCUAAAAGGCUUUGAUUUAAUAUUUCUCUCUAUCUGAGAACUCGAAGCAGAGGACGAAGGGUGGUUAGUUCUGCCAUUGAAGUACCGCUCUAUUGUUGGUGAUCUUGGUUUUUUCUCGUCUGGAGUUUAGGUCUUGCAAUUGUGGAAGAGAACCUGGUAUCGGGAAGUCGAAGAUGUACAGGACAACUGUGAGAAAAAUUGCAUCUAAUUACAACACCUUGAGGGUUCCGAAGAGGACUUUAAGUAAUGAUGCAUCUGCAGGAAUAUCUAGCACUAACUCAGCUAAAUUCAAUUCUGCCUUACUGGCCUGUUCAACUUUCCAGGAGGAUGAGAAGCUUGGGAUGAGAAAUAUGAUUGGCCAAUAUGACAUUGCUAUUGUUGGAGGUGGCAUGGUUGGCAUUGCCUUUGCUUGUGCUCUCUCAAGCAUGCCACUGACAAAACAGUUGAAAGUUGCAAUAAUUGAUAGCAAUCCUGCCUUGGGAAGGAGAGAUUGCAUUGAGAAAACUGAUCUCCCAGAUCCAAGAGUCAGUACAGUCACUCCUGCAACUAUUUCCUUCUUCAAAGAUGUUGGUGCUUGGGAUUAUGUUCAACAAAAUCGCCAUGCAUUUUUUGAUAAGAUGCAGGUUUGGGACUACACUGGCUUAGGCUAUACAAGGUACAAUGCAAGAGAUGUUGGCAAAGAAAUACUAGGGUGCGUGGUAGAGAAUAAGGUUCUUCAUGCUUCUUUACUGUCAUGUUUGCAGAAGUCAGAUUUCCAUAAGACAAUCUAUCCUUCCAGGUUGACAUCAAUGGCUUUGCAAUCACACAGCAAAGAGGUGGAAAGCAAGUUACCUGGAGCAAAACUCUGUGAUCAUGGAUCUUUUGUUAAAUUGGAUUUGAGCAAUGGAGAUAGUCUUUUUGCAAAGUUGGUGGUUGGAGCUGAUGGGGCCAAGUCUUAUGUUAGGGAGUUAGCUGGACUCAAAACAACCGGAUGGAAUUAUUCUCAGAAUGCAAUUAUUUGUACUGUUGAACAUAAUGUUGAAAACCAGUGUGCAUGGCAGCGGUUUUUGCCUACUGGUCCGAUUGCACUUUUACCAAUAGGUGACAGAUUUAGUAAUAUUGUUUGGACAAUGAGCCCAAAAGAAUCUUCAGAACGGAAAACAAUGAAUGAGGAUGAUUUUGUGAAAGCUGUAAAUCAUGCACUAGAUUAUGGAUAUGGCCCUCAUCCUCAGUCAAGCUCUGUUAGUAACUAUGGGGAUAGAUUGUCUUGGCUUAUUGCUGAUAUGACAUCUUCAUCUAAAGAAUGCUUUGAAGUUCCACCUAAAGUAGUCAAGAUUGCCUCAGAGAGAAUGGUGUUUCCUUUGUCAUUACUGCACAGCAAUGAUUAUGCAUCAAACCGUGUAGUUCUUAUUGGUGAUGCAGCACACACUGUUCAUCCUUUAGCUGGUCAAGGAGUUAAUUUGGGUUUUGGAGAUGCAACUGUUCUUUCAAAAGUUAUUUCUGAUGGCAUAUCAAUAGGCUCUGACAUUGGGGAGAUUUCUUUGUUAAGGAAAUUUGAGGCAGAGAGGAAGCCGGCAAAUAUUAUGAUGAUGGCACUCCUUGAUGGCUUUCAGAAGGCUUACACUGUUGAUUUUGGACCUCUCAAUGUAUUACGAGCUGCUGCAUUCCAUGCAGCACAAUUUAUCACACCACUGAAAAAGAACAUAAUCUCAUAUGCUACUGGCGAGCAAAAAUGGCCAUUGUUCUCUUAAGAUCCAGAUAAUAAUCCUGAAUGAUAAACAGGUUUGGCCGACCAGAUAUUUUAUAUUUUUCUCUUUUGUAAAUAUGAGAACUCUUUCUAUCAUGGAGAGAGAACAAUGCAAGAAUCACUUGGAGCUAGAACAGACAUGUUACGAAGGUGGAAGAAACCCAACCAUCCAGUUGAUUGUAAGAAUUCAGGCUUAAGAGAAAUGUAAAAGCAAAUAGCACCAUUGUGAUUGGGAA